AGCGGGGAGGCCAGCGAGUAGAGGGCCCCCUGAGGGAGCAGUGGAGGUGCAGGUCGGAGAGGCCGUGCCCCGCGCGUGAGCAGCAGCAGCGGCGGCGGCAACAUCCAGCGGCGGUACCAGCAGUUCCAGCCCGUGGCUUUACUUUUUAGCGGCACGAACAUAGUCAUUAUGCCGAAGAGAAAGUCUCCAGAGAAUACAGAGGGCAAGGAUGGAUCCAAAAUAACUAAACAGGAGCCCACAAGACGGUCUGCCAGAUUGUCAGCGAAACCCGCUCCACCAAAACCUGAACCUAAAGCAAGAAAAACAUCUGCUAAGAAAGAACCUGGAACAAAGAUUAACAAAGGUGCUAAAGGGAAGAAGGAGGAGAAGCAGGAAGCUGGAAAGGAAGGUACUGCACCAUCUGAAAAUGGUGAAACUAAAGCUGAAGAGAUCCACAUCUAUCGCUCAACUGUUAGUGUCUCAACCUCCAGAGGUACCCCACCCAGCACACUGUCAGGAAAGGGGCAGAUUGAAACAGUGAGAGUUAAGGGCACAGAAAACUGAAUCUGUAGAUAACGAGGGAGAAUGAAUUGUCAUGAAAAAUUGGGGUUGAUUUUAUGUACCUCUUGGGACAACUUUUAAAAGCUAUUUUUACCAAGUUUUUGUAAAUGCUAAUUUUUUAGAACUCAACUAGUUGGCAUACAAAAAUAUAUAAGGAUGGACAUUUUACCUUCUUAUAAUACAUCUUUUUGGAGAUUUCCAUCAUCCUCAAGUCAAAUAAAUUUAAUAUUGGAAGCUGUGUGUAAAAUUGAUUCAGCAUUCCAUGCAUUCGCUUUAAAAACUUAGUCCUGUGCAUACUGUGGUGUUUUUACUGUGCAUAUUUGAAUUUUUCAUGCAGUUUUUCUAGAGCAAUAAUCAGUGGUGCUUUUGUACCUAGGUCUAUGUGAUUUUAAUGAAACAUGGGUAGUUGUGGCCACCUGCUGACUAUUUGUGGUUUAAAAUAAAAAGGUGUUCUUGCCUGCAAAAUACCUGCUUCUUAGUGUUUUCACUAAAUUUAGGCAGUGUUUCAUUUUUGCAGAAGAUGUAAAGAAUUUCUACAGUCUGUGCCCUGAGGGUAUCUUUAAUAAGUCAAGUAGGAUUGUUUCUUAAUUUUCUGGCAUUUAAAAAUGCCACUAUUUUAAUAAAGUCAUCUGUGAGUGCCAGUGUGGAAUCACAUCUAAAACACUUCAUACCAGAAGUGGCCUGCAAUGAUUACCAUAUAUAAAACAAUAAGACACCACUUUUUUUUGAAGUCCUUAUAAACAGAUAGUGUUCUGCUAAACCACAACUUGUGAAAAACCAUAAACUCAGGAUCAUCCUUGAAAAGUCCCCACUUUCAAAAUAAUACUGAGUCACAUUCUUUGAGGACUUCGCAGCUUUGAAAAUACUUUACCCAGCGUGACCACAUUUCAGCCUUGGAGCAGCCUGAGAAAGGAGUUGGCAUAGGUAUUAUUAGAGCUCCUUUCUAGGCUAAGAAAUAGGGACAUGGAGAGUAUGUGACUUACUUCAGGCCCAUGGGAAGAAGAAAAAACAGAACUUGAACCUGGUCUUUUGAAUUGUAUACGUAGUGUCUAUUUUAGUCUGUUCAAGCUGCUAUAACAAAAUAUCACAGACUGGGUAGCUUAUAAACAACAGAAAUUUCUCUCUCACAGUUGUGGAGGCUGUAAGUCGAGAUCAGUGUGCCAUUCAGUAGGGUGAGGGUCCUCUUCCAGAUCGCAGACUUCUCAUUGUAUCCUCAGGUGGCAGAAGGGGCCAGGGAGCCUCUGGGACCUCUUUCAUAAGGGCAUUAACCCCACUCACGAGAGUUCCACCCUCGUGACUUAGGCAUCUCCCAAAGCCCCACUUCUACUACCAUCAUCUUUGAGUGGUAAGAUUUCAGCAUGAACUUUGGAGGGACACAAACAUUCAGACCAUAGCGAUGGCCUUUUGUAUCUGGAAGUCCAUGGCUGUGUUGGGAACAGAGGAGCUAUUUUAUUACUGUAAAUUUUUUUGUUCGCUUACAUUUCCUGAGAAGUUUAGUAACUGCAUGAGCACUCAGGGAAGCUGAAUUCUGGGCAUUCCUCUUAGAUGAAGACCUCCUGAAUUUUUAGGAUGUGAAUAGUGCCUGUGCUGCUCAGGGACUCUUGCCAAAAGGCUGUUGUUCCUCAGAGCCUCGGAUGCUUUUCUGUUGUGGUUAUCAACAAACACAGGCCCCUCCAUCAUGCUUGUAUUUUGUGUCAUUGUCCCUAAUCUAUAAUCUACUGCAGAUAACAACCUUAGUACACAGAAUAAUCUCAUUCAAAGUUUCCUUUGCUUCUGAUUAGGCAAUGUACCUUAAUUCAUGAGUGUUAUAUGUACUGAAAACCACUUUACCCCCAAGAAAAAAUAGCUGGUAUCCUGUGAGCACUUCAUAAAAAUAUUUUCAAUAAUUUUUGGUACAUUGCUGGCUAGCUUCCAAUUCAGAAGUGGAAUAUAAACUCCAUAGACUUACUUUUUUAAAAAUUAUAAAGGUGCUACAGGUAGUUUUUUAAAGUAUCAGACAUUACAAUAAUAAAUAAAGGGAAAAGUCAAAGUUUUCCUUUCCCCCACUCGUAAGUUCCAGAGGUAAUCCCUGCACACCAUUUUCUCUAUGACUAUGCAUACCUGUGUAUGCAGAUAUGCGCAUACAUAAACAUGUACACAUGAUUUUUAAAGGAAGGAAAUAUACAUCCUAUCUAGAAUUAUUCAACCAAUAAAUUGUUCUUGGAGACAGAUUUCAAAUAUUGCAAUGCUGCCAUUGAGACUGCAAUAAACAUUCUUGUGCACAAA